UCUCUCCCCCCCCCCCCCUCUCACCACCCCCCCCCGCGGGUUCUUCGCUGCGAAGAAAAUGGCGGCGGCGCCGAGCGGAGACGAGGAGAGGCUGGAGGAGAAGUCGGAGGAGAACCUACAGGGGCUGAAGGAGCGGCCCCCCAAGGCCAAGAAGGUGAAGAAGGAGCGGAAGGAACAGCAGCAUGAACCGGCGCAGCCAUCCGCCGAACCGGCCGAAGCCGGCAAAGCCGAAACCUCGGAGGGCGCCGGGACGGCUCCUGCGGCGCCGGAGGCUUCGGCUUCUCCCAAGCAACGUCGCUCCAUCAUCCGGGACCGGGGUCCCAUGUACGACGACCCCACGCUGCCCGAGGGCUGGACGCGCAAGCUGAAGCAGCGCAAGUCGGGUCGUUCCGCCGGGAAAUACGACGUCUACCUGAUCAACCCGCAGGGAAAAGCCUUCCGCUCCAAGGUGGAGCUGAUCGCCUACUUCGAGAAGGUGGGGGACACCUCGCUGGACCCCAACGACUUCGACUUCACCGUCACCGGCCGCGGCAGCCCCUCCCGGCGGGAGCAACGACCCCCCAAGAAACCCAAAUCCCCCAAGGGUCCCGGCACGGGCCGCGGCCGGGGUCGCCCCAAGGGCAGCGGGGCGGCCAAACCCAAAGCGACGACGACGACGGCGACAGCGGCGGCGGUGACGACGACGGCGUCGGAGGGCGUGCAGGUGAAACGGGUGAUCGAGAAGAGCUCCGGCAAGCUCCUGGUGAAAAUGCCCUUCCAGCCGGGGCAGCCGGGGGCUCGCGCCGAGGCGGGGGCGGCCACCACCUCGGCACAGGUCCUGGCCGUCAAACGGCCCGGUCGGAAGCGGAAGUCGGAACCGGACAGCCAGGCCGUCCCCAAAAAACGGGGACGCAAACCGGCCGGAACGACGGGACCGGGCGGCCCGGCGGGAGCCGCGCCGGAAACCAAGAAGAAGACGGCGACGCCGCCGACGGUGCAGGAGACGGUGCUGCCCAUCAAGAAACGGAAGACGAGGGAGACGGUGGUCCUGGAGGCCGCCCGGCCCCCCCCGCCGCCCCCCGAACGCGGCCCCAAGGGACCCAGGAGCGCCCGCAGCCCCGGCCGUCGCAGCAAGGAGGGCAGCCCCAAGGGCCGCGGCGCCGCGGCCCCCCCGCCGCCGCCGCCCCCGCCGCCGCCCCCGCCGCCGCCCCCCGCCCGGCAAGAAGGAGCGGGGGGCUUCGCCGCCGCCGCCCCCCGAGCCCCCCGCCAGCCCCAAGGACAGCGCCAGCCCCCCCCCGCCCGCCCAGGACUUCAGCGGGAAGGGGUGCUCGGAGCAGCGGGGGGGGCCCGGCGGCGCCCGACGGCUGCGCCAAGGAGCCGGCUAAGACUCACCCCCCCCGCCGCCGCCGCCGCCCCCGCCCUACAAACACCGAGGGGAGGCCGAGCACAAAGACACUGCCUCCUCUUCCUCCUCUUCCUCCUCUUCCUCCUCCUCCUCCUCCUCCUCGUCGUCGGCGGCGGCCCCCCCCCCUCCCAGCGCUCCGUGCCGCGGCCCCCCGGCCGGGAGGAGCCGGUCGACACCAGGACGCCUGUCCCCGAGCGGGUCAGCUGA